AUGAAUAAUAACACUGUAGAAGUUGUUGUUUCCCAUUUGAGGCACAGAGACAAUUCGAACAAAAUAAAACAUGACGCGCAUGUAGAGUCCAUGGAAGGAAGUGCCAACAUCAGUUUGGAUGAUGAUUAUGAUGAAGGAUAUGCUAGUGAUGACCUCCUUGGAGAACUCCGCAAGACGGGGGAUAUUAUCCCUCCGAGGGGACAAAAAGGAGGGAAAAAAAGGAUGUUCAAAAUAAAGAAAAAAAAAUCACUGACACCAUUGCAUAAUGAUGAUUUUGCUCAAGGGGGGGAGGCGAAGAUUUCGGACGUGGCUAUGGAAUCAUUUGCAAUAUCGAGAAAGCAAAGGCACUCGCCACUGCUGGGCAAGAGGGUCGUGGAGAGCUCCAACAUCGAGUUGACCAGCACGUUGAACAACAAACUGAACCCUACCCUGUCCCUGGUCGCCUCCAGAGCCGUGGACGGACUGCUCGGUGGCGUCCAUAAACACAUGCAAGGGCCAUUUUCUCUAGACCUCGAUGCCGCUGCCAGCACAGGAGCACCCCCCACACCAGGGAUCCAACUCGCUACAAACGCAAUAGCGUACCCACAAAUGAGUCUACAAAAUGUUAUGUCAGCAAAUCAGAUGGCCCAAAACCCAGCAUUCAACAUACACCCCACUGCCACGAAUUUAAGAGAUGACCCAGGGAAUGUAAACUACAACGAGGUCGUCACGAUAACGAUUGGAAUUGUUAUUUGUCUGUUUCUUUUCUGUUUCGUCUUUGGCUGCAUCGUGAAAAUGUGCAAGCCGAAGAAGAGACGCCGUUGA